AUGAGCGGGGCGGUGCAGUCCGGGCAGAGGGCGGCCAUGGAAGUCCUCUGUGAACUCAGCCCGUCCAGUCUGAGCGCAGAGGAGAGGGAGGAGGUGAGACAGAGCUAUGAACCCAAGGACCCUCCACAACCAGCCACUCCAGCAGGAAACACGCCCCUCCGAGCCUGGGCGACUGCGGCUGCGGUCCUGGGUCUCACUGCUGCAGCCGUCGUCCUCUUCCAACGUCCUGGAGCUGUGGACAAAGUCAAACUGCACUUCACGAGUGUGUUCUCUGCACUCAGAGUUUUGGCUUGA